AUGAUCAGUCUGCAAAAGUCUUCCAUCACCUUCUCAAACAAAACACCUCAAGAGAUCAGAGCCCGUGUCAAAAGCUCACUUGGGAUACAAAAGGAAGGGGGGCAAGGUAAAUACUUGGGCUUACCGGAGAGCUUUGGCAGGAAGAAGAAGAACCUCUUCACAAUGAUAGUGGACCGUAUCAGACAGCGCUCCAUCAAUUACUCCUCUCGUUUCCUCUCAAGUGCCGGAAAGUUUACUAUGCUUAAAUCGGUUCUAGCAUCCAUCCCAACGUACUCGAUGUCGUGUUUCAAACUCCCUAUGGGCCUGUGCAAAAGGAUACAAUCAGCGUUAACAAGAUUUUGGUGGGAUUCAAAACCAGGAAAACGAAAGAUGUGUUGGCUCUCUUGGGAAAAACUCACAAGAUCGAAAAACCAGGGAGGGCUAGGCUUCCGUGAGAUUCAAAGCUUCAAUGACUCCCUCCUUGCCAAAAUCAGCUGGAGAAUCCUAACAAACCCCUCAAGCCUCCUUAGUCGAAUCCUCAAAGGGAAGUAUUGCCAAGAUCAUGAUUUCCUUGACGUCCCUAUCUCUUCAUCCACAUCCCACGGCUGGAGAGGCAUACUGAUAGGGAGGGGCCUUCUCAAGAGUAACCUAGGCAAAGCCAUUGAAGAUGGAGAAGCGUCCUCCCUAUGGAACGACCCGUGGCUCUCCCUGAACCAACCAAUGCGCCCUUUGGGACCACCUGCAAUGCGAGAUAAAGACUUAACAGUCGCAGCCAUAAUCAAUCACCAAACCAGAGAUUGGAACAGAGAGAAGAUCCAAGAGGUGCUACCUAACCACUUGAGUGAUAUCCUGAGAGUCAAACUAAGCAAGAAAGGUGCGGUUGACUCCUUCCUCUGGCUCCCAACCAAAUCAAGAGUGUACUCUGUGAAAACGGACUACUAUGCAGCGAUGGAGAUGAAACUAGACCCUAGUCAACAACAACAACAACACUCAAUCAACUGGAGGACAGAUAUAUGGCAAGCAAUCAUAUCCCCAAAGAUGAAAGUGUUUUUAUGGAAGAUCGUUCAAGAAGCGUUACCUACAGGCGAAAAUCUACUCAACCGAGGACUCAUGGACACUCCGUGUUGUACCCACUGCGGCGAACUAGAAACGACGGACCACCUUUUCUUUCAAUGCAGAUUCGCAAAAGAAGUGUGGACACUAAGCCCCUUCUCCACCAACAUCAUUCCCCAAUUGGAACAAACCUUCGACAAUAUCCUCAAAGCAUCCAAAGCUUGGAUCUGCUUACCACCAACUGGCGUAUGCAAUGGACCCUUAUUCCCUUGGAUUUGCUGGUCUAUAUGGAAAUCGAGAAACCUCCAGAUUUUUGAAGAUCGGAGCUUCUCCCCUGCGGAAACGAUCACCAAAACCAUUAAGGAAGCGAAGGAGUGGCAACAUGCACAACUAACAAACCCAAAACCGAUUCAGAGAGCUUAUCAGGGGAACUCAAAGAAGCCCCAUCAAAAUUACAUUACCUGCUUCACCGAUGGUGCCUGGUGUCGAGAGACAAGCAUAGGAGGCUCCGGAUGGAUCUUUGUGGAACCCUCAGGGAUAGAACUGAAGCGGGGAAGCACCGCUGAAAGAUUCGUCGGCUCCCCUCUGAUGGCGGAAGCUCUAUCGAUCCGAUCAGCUCUCAACGACGCCCUAGAAGAAGGAUUCUCAAAUAUCCUCAUUAACUCAGACGCUCUGGAUCUAAUCCAAGCUAUAAACUUGCAAGAGCCAAUCAAGGAAAUCUUCGGAAUCCUCUUUGAUAUUCAUGCUCUUGCCUCUAUGUUUGCUUCAACUUUGUCCCUAGAUCUGGAAAUGUGGUGGUUGAUUCAAUCGCCAAAAUCGCCAAGAAUAGUUUGGUCAAUUUAA